CGGAGGCUGCCCUGCGCGCCGGGAGGCGGGGGCUCUCCCUGACAGAACCCGUCGCUUGGGGGACGCAGUGAGGCUGCCCCGAAAUCGGAUGGUUCUUGCAUCACAAUGGCGGCUCUAUAUGGCAGCGAAGUGAAAUGCGUCAGCGUCGAGUGGGACUUUCUGCAGGGGCUCUUGGUGAAGAACCAGCCCGUGCCCUGCCUGCAGGCCCUGCGGAAGGAGAAGUCCCGCAACGCGGCCCGCUCCCGCCGGGGCAAGGAGAACUUUGAGUUCUAUGAGCUGGCCAAGAUGCUGCCGCUGCCCGGAGCCAUCACCAGCCAGCUGGACAAGGCCUCCAUCGUCCGCCUCACCAUCAGUUACCUCAAGAUGCGUGACUUCGCCAACCACGGCGACCCCCCCUGGAGCCUGCGAGCAGAAGGGCCUUCCCCAGCCAGCAAAGCUUCCGGCCGGAGGAACGUGAGUGCAAUGUUGACGGAGCUCUUUGAACAGCACUUAGGGGGGCAUAUCCUGCAGUCCCUGGACGGGUUUGUGUUUGCGCUGAACCAAGAGGGAAAAUUCCUUUACAUCUCUGAGACGGUGUCUAUUUACCUCGGGCUCUCGCAGGUGGAACUGACUGGGAGCAGCAUCUUCGAUUACGUCCACCCAGGAGACCACCCAGAAGUCGCCGAACAGCUGGGCCUGAAGGCGCCCUCAGAGACUCCCCACCCAAGCCGGCAGAAAGCAUCCAGCCUGUUGGCUGCCGCCUCUUCCUCUGGUCUGUCGGACGCCUCCGAAUCUGAUCCGGCUGGCUCCCAUCCUGCUGAGGGUGACGCCUUGGAACGCUCCUUUUUCAUCCGCCUGAAAUCAACCCUGACCAAGAGGGGGCUUCACGUAAAGACAUCUGGCUAUAAGGUGAUCCACGUGACGGGCCGCCUCCGCCCACGGCUGCCGUCCUUCUCCCACACCCACACGGUGCUGGGCCGUGUGAUGGGCCUGGUGGCGCUGGGCCACACGCUGCCCCCUUCCACCCUCAGCGAGGUGCGCAUCGAAUGCCACAUGUUCGUCUUCCGUGUCAACAUGGACUUGCAGAUUGUGUACUGUGAGAGCAGGAUCAGCGACUAUAUGGACUUGUGCCCCUCAGAGCUUGUGGGGAAAAGUUGUUACCGGUUCAUUCACGGCGAGGACGUGGAGGGAAUCCGGCAGAGCCACCUGGACUUGCUCAACAAGGGGCAGGUGGUGACCAGGUAUUACCGCUGGCUGCAGAAGAACGGGGGCUUCGUGUGGGUCCAGUCCUGUGCCACCAUCUCGGUCAACGUCAAGAACCCGAGCGAGAAGAACAUGGUUUGGGUGAACUACAUCCUCAGCAAGCCUGAGUACAAGAACACCGCGCUGGACGUCUUCCAAUUGCCUGGGAGCCCUGCGAGGCCGACGGAUGCCUCAGAGGCAGGGGGAGAGUUCAAAGAGAGCAGCUUUGCCAAGGAGAGCGCCCAGAGGAAGCUCUACUCCCCCAGCAAACCCGGCACCCUAACUGAGGCCUACCCAAGGAGUGUGGUGGAGGCCACGUCCCGUUGCCACAUGGCGGAGACCGAUUCCAGCGGCCCCGAAACGAGCUACCGAGACGAGGAGGCGUCGGAGGAGGCCGGCGGAAGCGACGACGAGGAGCCUCCGAGCAAACGCAUCAAGCUGGAGUUCCAGCCGGACAGCCCCUCGGGCGAGGCGAAGGAGGCCCCGCUGGGCAGCUCCGAGGAGUCGGACAGCAGCAGCGAAGCGGAGCUGGGCCUCCUCACUCCGCAGCGGGCGCGCUUGGUUCGGAAAGUGAACGGCUGCAAGGCCGGCGGGCGGAGGAGCGGGGGGCCUGGGCGCCCCUGCACUUCGGAGUUUGCCUCGGUCAUCCAGACCCAAAAGAGCGUGGCCCUGAAAGCCAACGCGGCGCCCAGCAUUAAAUCCGAACAGGUGUCCGGAGCCAAAGGGGCCCCGUGGACCUGCCCCGCGGCCGCUCACAAGGGCGGCCCUUACACUGCGAGCAAAGCCCUGAGCUUAGAGAAGCCCGCCUUGAGGCCCGCCCCUCCGCAUCUGUACGUCACCAUCCCGGACUCUGUACUCACCCCGCCCGAGAUGGACAGCGGCACGGCAAAAGGUCCGUUCGGCACCUCCCCCCGUGCCGUCCCGACAGCCCCCUCCUCGGCAGACACGCUCUCGCCCCCGCUCUCGGGCUCCCCCUGCGAAGAGAGGGCCACGUCCACGCCCUUCACCUCGCUGGUCUACCCGACUGAGAUGGAGGUGCUGCAGCGGUUCCACACGGGCAACGUGGUUGUGCCGCUAGUCCACCAGCUUGGCAACCCGCACGCCGGCACGCCGGGCUCCCCGGGCCUCUACACCACCAGCACGAUCCGCUAUGCCCCCGCUGACAUGACGCUGGCCAUGCAGGGCAACGUGCUGCCGCCCUCCCACCCCAUCAGCCUCAUGGACCUUGGCGGGGCCGAGGCGAAGACGUCCCGGGAACUCAUGUACCACCACCUGCAGCGGCUGAACAUGGUCGCGCCGUUUGGGAACUCUGCCAGCUUGGCCCAGAUUUCAGGGGGAGCGUUUGCUGCCACGGACUCCUUGUUUUCCACGCUGCCCUUCUCGGUGGCUGGCGGCGGGGUCCACGGCACAUCCGCUUUGGAGCGCAAGGAAGACUGAGGCUGAGGAACUGGGUGUGAUCGAAGGGGCGUCUCCUUUCGCCCACAAAACCACGGCCCAACUCUGCACUGGGCAGAGCUGCCGAUAAAAGAUCCCGGGUGGCCUUUUGUAGGAAAGCUCAGUGCCGUGCCAGCGUUCCCAAAACCGGGGGAAGAAAUCUCUUUGUCCUAGAACAAAUCCCCGUGCAUCUACCUGUUCGCGACACCCCUUUCUCGGCCUCCUUGCAAAAUGGGUAGAGGGUCCGUCUCUUUGCUCCUGCUCUCUGCUUCGCAGGUCCCUGCCCACCCAGAUGCUGCUGUUUAAACUGAUGCGAUUUGUGGUGUGAGCUCAGGGGUUAGCCCAGUGUAAAUGGAAAGCGGUCUGUGUGACCUUU